ACACACACACACAUACAUAUAUAGAAAACUCUCAAUACAGGUACACCGAUUAGCCACAUCAUGACCACUGACAGGUGAAGUGAAUAACAUUGAUCAUCUUGUUUUAAUAACCUACAAAGUUCUGUUGAGUAAUCUUGAGUCCUGACACUCAUGUGGAUGUCUGACAUGUACCUCCCACCUAAACAUUGCAGGUCAAGGAACCUCCCAAUCAUCAUGGCAACAGCAGUCCUUGAUGCCAGCUGUCACCCUCAGCAGGACAAUGCACCCCAACACACUGCAAAAACUGCUCAGGAGGAACACAAAGAGCUAAGAUAUUGCACACUCCCCAGAUCUAAAUCUUACUGAGCAUCAGGGGAAGGAUAAGCCUGAUCAAUGUAGGUCCCAACCUGCAACCCACAGGACCCACAGAAUUCACUGCCACCAUCCCGGUGCCACAGGACAUCCCCAGAGGUCCUGUGUCCAUGUCCCACUGGGUCAGAGGAGUUUUAGCUGCAUAAAGGAGAUCAACACAAUAUUAUGCAUCUGGUCUUAAUGUUAUGCCUGAUUGUGAAUAUGUCCAGCAUGUAAAACAUCACCUAUAUGUCAGGGGGUAAUUUUAGCUUAUUUGCAUUAAAAAAAAAUCGGAUUUCUAUGUAAACAGCUCACUUGCAAUAUAGUUGAACUAUAGAUAAAUACUAGCACAAUUUGCAUGUUACUUUCCACAUCAUUUUGCAUGUUAUUUUCCUUAUUUUUCCUAAGCUAACAUAUGUGAGCUACUUGAUACCUUAAUUUUCCCAAAUGGAAUAAAUAUAGCAUCCACCUAUCUCUAUUUAAAUAAACGCAGUGGAGUAAAAAGUACAUUUCAGUGUCAAAUGUUUGAAGUAGAAGUAAGACUAUAAUUCAGAAUGCAACUACACAAGUUAUCAAAAAAGGUACUACAAGCAUUUCAGUAAACUGUAUAGUAAUCCAGUAAACAAUAAUGUAUUAUUGUUUACUGGAUUACUACACAAUUUACAUUAUGGGAGCGUUCCAUAAAUGUUUGCUGCACCGCCAUGACAAAUUUUCCUGAGGAACCUUUCCUUGUCUUUACUUUUUUUUUAAAUUUAAACUUGUGUCAUUCAUUUUACUUUUUCUUACAUUUUCUGGUAUAUGUAGCAUUUGAGAGCAACAGAAUUGAUCUGAAUGUACACUUGUUUUGGUGUAUUUUUCUGAAUGACAGUUAAAGGCUGUCCGUUAAAGAAGGAUUCAGUAAAACAACCUUCAUGGAACCUUCAGAGAAAGUUCCCUGAAGUAACUCUGAAGGUUUUGCAAAGUAACCUUUAUGGAACUUUCACAGAAUGUUGUCUAACGGUUUUGCAAAGUGCCAAUGAAAAUGCCAUUAAUUUGUGUAACCUUCCAGUGAAGCUUCACAUAAACAUAUAUAAAUACAAAGAUAAAGAAUCCCACUGAGCUCGGCAUCACAUAGAGCUGACUUUUUACUAAAAACAACAGUAUGCUAAGUAAUGAAAUCAAACACACUAUCUAUUCACUUGUAAAUAUACAGUAUCAUAUAGACAAAGUGAGCAUUACGAUCAGUGUUGCAGUAACAAUUUCACAUCAUAAUGCUAAAAUGGCCCUGCGACGGACUGGCGACCUGUCCUAGGUGUCCCCUGCCUUCGCCCGAGUCAGCUGGGAUAGGCUCCAGCACCCCCCGCAACCCUAGUGAGGAUAAAGCGGUGUAUAGAGGAUGGAUGGAUGGAUGCUAAAAUGUAUAUAGUACACAAUAAAUAAUAUUUACCAGUAAUUUAAAGCUCAUAAAGCGCGUGAAAAAAAAGGCUCCAGUUUGUAGAUAAACUAUGGUCAUCAGCCUUACUUGGGAUGGUGAUGAGUUUGCUGAUCCAAUUCACCAGGACGAUAAUUCAGCCUGUCUGCACUUCAGUUACUGUCUGGUUAGAUCGACCACUAAAAUGAGCAGACAGACUACAGUGGACAGUCAGGACUGAAGAGAAAAUCAUUGCGACCAAUUGCCUUCCACCCAGGAUAUAUGCAUGUCCAGCGCAGAGAAAUGGACAGAUAAUAUCAAUUUUGAUAAAUCAAACCCUGGACAAAAGCUAUUUCAGUACUGUAUAUACUUUUUAUCAGAUGCUUGUAUUUGUUUCAUCUCAUACAUUAUGCUCUCUGUUCUACUGCAAUAUCAUCCACCUACAUAUCAUGUAUAUGGUGCCAUUAUCUUUACUGAUUGCUAAUACUUGUAUUUGUACGAAAUUUUGUACACUGUGGUUUUAAACUUAUAUUCUGGUACACUUUAACAGCUCUUUUACACAUAUUUUUAGUUGUACAUAGUAGUUCAUUCAUGCAUUGUCCCUCUGAAGCCUGUUGCCCUUGUUGAAAUGUAUGUGUGUCUUAUUUUGUGUAAGUACGUUAAGAGGAAAGAUAAUAUGGAAGUCGAAUUCCUUGUAUGUGUUCACUUCUUUUGUCCCUGCUGACAUUUUUUUCUGCUUUGAGCUUCCGUAGAACAAGCUCGGUUUCCAUAGAGACCAUCUUCGGUAAAGCCCAAUGGACUCCUAGCUUGGGCACAACAACAGCAGAGGAGGAACCUGUCCACGUUUUGCUGUGCAGUACUUGUAGGUCAAAAUGUCCUUCAGAGACUUAAGAAAUUUCACAGAAAUGAUGAGGGCCUUGGGUUAUCCUCGCUUGAUAUCCAUGGAGAACUUCAGAACACCUAAUUUCACUCUAGUUGCAGAAAUCCUAAUAUGGCUUGUAAAGAGAUAUGAGCCUCACACUGAUAUUCCCACUGAUGUGGACACAGAGUCAGACAGAAUAUUCUUCGUCAAGGCUGUGGCUCAGUUCAUGGCAACAAAGGCUCACAUCAAGCUGAACACCAAGCGUCUCUACCAGGCUGAUGGUUAUGCAGUGAAAGAGAUGCUGAAAAUCACCUCAGUGCUGUACAGUGCAAUGAAAACCAAGCAGAUGGCUCUUGGAGAUAGAGCUGAGGAGGACAACAACAAGUUUAAAUUUGACCUAGGUUCACGGAUUUCAGAUCUUAAAGCAGCUCGACAGCUGGCAUCUGAGGUCACGUCUAAAGGAGCAUCUCUAUAUGAUUUACUGGGAAAAGAAGUAGACCUAAGGGAAAUGAGAAUUGCAGCCAUUGCCAGACCUCUGGAGAUCAAUGAGACUGAAAAGGCCCUGAGGGCUUCCAUCAAGGAGGUUUUGGAAAGUGUGGAAAAGACCAAAGACAUGCUGAGUAAUGUUGUGUCUGAUGAGACCAGUCUGGACGCCAAGAUAGAAAAAAAGAAGCAGGAGCUGGAGAGGAAUCGGAAGAGACUCCAGACCCUGCAGAGUGUCAGGCCAGCAUUCAUGGAUGAAUACGAGAAGAUUGAGGAAGAUCUGCAGAAACAAUAUGACACAUACGUAGAGAAAUUCAAGAACCUCAGCUUCUUGGAGUCUCAACUGGACGAAUACCAUAGACUGGAGCAGGAGAGGUUUGAGGAAGCUGAAAACACUCUAAGGAUAAUGCAACACAAACUGAGAGAGGAGGAGAGGGAGCUAAUGAAGAGUUCCUUGAAAGAUGAGGACUCUGACAUGGACGUUCCGGAGGAUGAAGGUUCAGACAGCGACAUGGAGGAGUCUCGGCCUUCUAAACCACGACCCACAAGAAACGGCAUCAUGGCAGGGAGAGGAGCACGUUUCAUCGGAAACAUGCAGGGUGGUGACAGUGAUGAGACUGAAGACAGCGAGAUUGAUGUGGACGAGGAUGAUGAGGAAGAUGAGGACGGCGAAGAGGAGGAUGAGGAGGAGAGCAAAGAUUUGGAGGAUGACAGUUUGGAGGGCCCAGUCUCCAGGGGUCCUCGUCCCCCAAGAGGAGGCAUGAGACCUCCUCUGCUGGAGGAAAGCGACAAUGACUUCUGAAAGAAGAAUGUGCAGAUACGCAUAACCUCCAGCUGUUCCUGUAUUCAGACCAUAUCAUUACUUCUCAGAAAUAUAUUUUUGAAUCCAUAUUUUUUUGUAUCAUAAACCGUCAAUAUAUCUCAUACUCUUGAAUAUUUGUGUUAACAUUUUGUCAUAAUAAAAUAUUCCAAAUGUA